AUGAAUGUUAUCGCGCAAUUAGACACAUGCGAUAAAGUUUUGAUUCAGGACAAGUAUGGACAAAAUUUUAUCGAGAAUAUCAAAAACCAGAUCAAACAUCAUCACAAUUGUUCGAUCGAAAACACAAUUAAUUUAGAAGAAUUAACUAGAAUGGAGGAGAUUGAUACAUCGGAUGAAAAUAGCAGCAUUCUAAAAAUUAUACACACAGCGCCGCCGGCAAAUAAAAGGGCGAGCCGGCUCUCGCCAAUAAUCUCUGGUGGCUGUUCCGGCGUGAAUAAAAUUGCCGGCGGCGCACAGGUACAAAAACAAAUUAAAGAUAAUAUAAAGCCGCCAAUCAUCGUCAAUGUUCGAAGAAAAGUUAAAGGGGAUCCUUUACCAAGAAAUAUUUUUAUAUCUUCAGACCGUUUAGUUCCUGGGGAUUUGCUGAAUAUUCCGAAAGGAGGUUACGAAUUUAUGCCUUGUGAUGCGUUGCUUUUAUCCGGUCAAUGCGUUGUAAGUGAAGCGAUGCUAACGGGUGAAAGUAUGCCAAAUUAUAAAAUACCCGUUAAAUUGUUAAAUGCGAAUGAGAUGUUUAACCCAAGAAAAGAUACUAAGCAUCUUUUAUUAGGUGGCUGCAAAAUACUCCAAACAGAAUUAGAAUCUGACAGGCACUACAUUGAAUGCGUGGUCAUGAGAACAGGUUUUAACACCCUCAACGGUGACAGGAUCAGAUAUAUCAUAUACCCCAAGCCGACUGUUUUUAAAUUUACUAGAGACAUUAAAAUAUAUAUUAUUUGCUUGGCUACACUAGCGGGUAUUGGUGCCAUUUUUAAAACUACAGUAAACUUAAUAAAGUCUAUUGAUAAGAUGUCCGUAUUUAUAAUAAUAUGGGAAAGCUUGGAUUUAGUGACGACAGCAGUGUCACCCGCCCUUCCAGCCUGUUUAGCCAUAGGCAUCGUGAUAGCGUACAAUAGACUGAAAAAGGAGAGUAUUUUGGUUUUAAAUACCAACGCGAUUGCUGUAUCAGGAGCCAUCAAUGCAAUAAUUUUUGACAAAACCGGUACUUUAACAGAAAAUGAAAUAGAGAUAUUAGGGAUUGUCGAUAUAAACAAUUCGACUAUGAAAUUUAAUGAUAGGGUAACAUUCCCGGAUAAAUUGGAAUUCGGUUCAUUUUUAAAGGCUUUAGUUACUUGUCACACUUUGAGUGUAAUAGAUAAUAAUUUAAUCGGCGAUCCUUUGGAUAUGAAAAUGUUUGAAAGCACGAAAUGGAGAAUAAAAGAUUGCAAACUUUUAAAAUCAGAUAUUAGAAUCAUAUUGAAACCGGCUAAAGAAGAUUGCAGUAAACCGAGUAUUGGAAUUGUUCAACGUUUUCCAUUUGAGUCUGAAUUACAAAGAAUGAGUAUCAUUUGCAAUGUUUAUGGCACAGAUUAUUUUGAAGUUUAUUGUAAAGGAUCUCCUGAAAAAUUACACGAUAUGUGCGUUCCAUAUUCGAUUCCAGAAAACUAUCAUAAAGAGUACGAAUUACAUGCGACUCAGGGAUUUAGGAUACUAGCUUUUGCAUUUAAAUAUUUAGAUGACUAUAGAUUGGCUGACUUGCAAAGUGUAAAAAAGUUAACCAGGGAAUUAAUUGAGUGCAAUCUCUGGUUUCUUGGGUUUUUAAUUAUGGAAAACCCUUUAAAAAGAGAAACAAUUCCAAUUAUACAAGAUUUAUCUAAAAUCAAAAUGAGAAUGGCAAUCGCUACAGGGGAUGGAAUGCAUACGACUAUAUCAAUAGCUAAACAGUGCGGUUUAAUUAAAAGAAAUGAAAAAAUUAUCAUUAUUGAGGCAGAGGGUGGACCGGGAAAAUCUCAAGAAAUAAAAUAUACUCGAGAUAUUAGUCAGGAAAGCGAAAUAGUCGAAAGGAUAGAAUAUUCGAGAGGAGGUACGGUUGAUUAUUUUGAUAGCGAAUAUCCUGAAGAAUACGCCUAUACAUUAGCAAUUUCGGGUGAAUCAUUUGAAAUGGUGAGGAAAUAUUUUCCUGAUGUUAUACCUAAAUUGAUGGUGAAAGGUGGUAUAUUUUCCAGGAUGCUUCCUGAGCAAAAGGCUCAAUUAAUAGAGGGCAUGAAAGAAAUGCAAUACUAUGUGGCUAUGUGCGGGGACGGAUCAAAUGAUUGUAGAGCACUCAAAGAAGCACAUGCGGGUAUAUCAUUAUCAGCGGAAGAAACCUCUAUAUCAGCUAAUUUUAUUUCUAAUAAACAGAAUAUUAAAGCAGUUAAAGUUAUAUUAAGAGAAGGCCGUGCGGCUUUGUCAACUUCAUUCGGCGUAUUUCAAUAUGUGGCAGUUUACAGCUUUGUACAACUCGUAUCUGUUGUACUAUUAAGCUGGAUUAGAUCAGACUUUAGUGAUACACAAUAUUUAUUUAUGGAUUUGCUUCAGCUAAUCAUAUUAAUAGAUCUUUCGUCAAUAAGUCCUACUCAAAUAGAAUUAUCUCCUUUAUAUCCAGAAGUAAGCUUAUUUGGUUUUAUACCCUUUCUCUCAUUAUUAAUAUAUGUCUUACUAAAUUCGUCAAUUCAAGUUGCAGUAGUAGAGAUAACAACUUUACAAGAAUGGUGGUUCAGUCACGAAUCAACAUAUAGGAAAGAUUUUACCUCUUACGAACAAACUGCCGUAUUCACUAUGAUAACUUAUCAAUUCCUCUUUUUGAUUAUAACGUAUUUCGAAGGCAAACCUCAUCGUCAACCCAUAUAUAAAAAUUUUUCACCGUAA